AUGGCUCGUGACGGCAGCAGCAUGUUUUCCUUGCUCGCCAUCUGCAUGUGCCUGUGGGCACUCAGCAGCCAGCUGAGCUUUGUGAACUCGCCCGUCGCGAAUCGCGAGGUCAAUGCGGCUGCAGCUGCGGCGGUGCAGUACGAAACGGAUAUGCCCGCUGAAAACGGCGUCUACCCCGUGGGCAACGCCAAGCGAACUGCGCCCUAUGGCGAGCGUGACCCCCUGCCGGAGGGUUACGGCAUCCGCACUGGCCUGUCGGACUUGCUGAAGCCCCUGAAUGCCGAGGCAGGCGUUGUUGCGAAGGAGGACAGCAUCCCGACCGUCUUGGUGAUGGUGACUGGCAUCGUCAUGCUUUUCCUGUUCUACUUGCUGCUGCUGCUCCUCGACAACCAGUCCGUUCUGCUGCCGCCGGAGGAUGAGUUCGACGAGUAUGUGCAGAACUUCCUCCCCUACUUCUUCUUCGGCGAGAAGCAGAUUCUCCGAAAACAGGUUGACACCCUGACCUUGCAGAUGGCGCGCAGCUCGCUGGGCGCUGAGCAAAAGUCCUUCGUCGCUGUGGUCGUUGGUUGCCUGAGCGCAUGGGCCGUGUGCCAGUGCUUUGUGAGCUCGCCCGUCGCGAAGCGCCAGGUCAAUGUGGCUGCAGCUGCAGCGGUGAAGUACGAAACGGAUAUGCCUGCUGAAAACGGCGUCUACCCCGUGGGCAACGCCAAGCGGACUGCACCCUAUGGCGAGCGUGACCCCCUGCCGGAGGGAUACGGCAUCCGCACUGGCCUGUCGGACUUGCUGAAGCCCCUGAAUGCCGAGGCAGGCGUUGUUGCGAAGGAGGACAGCAUCCCGACCGUCUUGGUGAUGGUGACUGGCAUCGUCAUGCUUUUCCUGUUCUACUUGCUGCUGUUGCUCCUCGACAACCAGUCCGUUUUGCUGCCGCCGGAGGAUGAGUUCGACGAGUACGUGCAGAACUUCCUCCCCUACUUCUUCUUCGGUGAGAAGUGA